CUCCCCAUUUACUUCAAGCUUCAAACGCAUCAAAACAUAAGUUUUACUUCCCAUCAAGUUUAAGAGUGUUCUUAUUAAGAGUUUACAGAAGAAGAUAUCAAUAUGAGCAGUUCAUCAUCAGCAGCAGCAAGGAGAGGUUGGGUGGUGGCAGCAAGUGUUGGAGUUGUGGAGGCCUUGAAGGACCAAGGGAUCUGCAGGUGGAAUUAUACUAUGAGAUUAAUGCAGCAGCAUGCAAAGAGCCAACUUGGGUCUUUUUCUCAGGCUAACAAGCUCUCUUCCUCAUCCUCUGCUCUGGUUUCAAGCAAGCUUGGAGAUGAGAAGGUGAAGCAGUCUGAAGAGUCUCUCAGGAAAGUCAUGUACCUCAGCUGCUGGGGACCCAAUUGAUUUCAGCAACUAUAUAAUUUGUAGCUGAAGAAGAUAAUCAAUACAAUUUGGCACUGAAGGCAGGCUUGGAUUACAAAUUUUCAAGUUUUGAGGCAUGGCAUGAUGAUAGCUGGAAACAUGUGGUUAAGCUGACCAUGGUUGGUGUAGGCUGUGCAGCCUGAAGAAAUUUUGUUUAUUUACAAAAUUAUUGUAAAUUGUAAAUCUAUGAGUUCUCUAUGAUAUAUACAAUUAAUAUGAAAAUUCAUAUGUCA